CGCUGCCCGCGUUGCCCUCGGCCUCGCUGCGCCGGACCGACCUGGCCCUGACGGAGCUUCUUGUUACAUCAUUAAUAUCUUAACAAGCAUGGAGAUAAGGUUGGAAGUUUUGACAUCAACAAGUAUCAAGCAGAAAAAGCCCUGGCCACGAGUCUCCUGGUUGGGACAGGAAAAUGAAGCUGUUUUUCUUUUGGAUGAUAAAUUCAUAAAUGAAAUUAAUUUGCUCUCAGGAAGGACAAAGAAGAAAAUUCCUAGUCUGCAGCCUUUGUUGAAGGAUGUUGUUGUCCUAACAACGUCCAAUAAUGAUGCCUGGCUGGCUGGGGUACUCACUACCGGGGAACUUUUCCUUUGGAACAAAGAUCAAGAUUGUUUGAAAACUAUACAAGUAACUGAAAAGCCUAAGGAAAUGAUUAAAGCUACAAUAGCAAACUCUUUGCAACUGUACUUGUAUGUAUCUGGAAAUGGGAAAAGAGUUCUGCUUGUAACACCUUCUGGAUGCAUAUUGCUUUGGGAAUAUUUGGAAUCAAAGAAUAUUUUAUCUUCUAAAAGCCUUUCAUUGGUGGGUCCGUGGUCCCAGAUCAUACCUGAAGAAGCAAUUCUUUUGCCUUCCACUGAAGAUAAAGAAGCUGUAGUGAAUGCUGUUUUUAUAAAAAAUGAGUUAUUUGGAGACUGCUGCCUCUGUUCAUUUACUUUUUAUUCUGGGGAAUGUUUGAAGUUAAUAUUUCUAGCAGUUCGGUGGCAUGAAAAUGCAUUUACACCUACAAGAUCAUUGCCAUACCAUGUUCAUUGGGCACAACAAGACUGUCAUCUGUGCAGUCUAAUUCCUAAAUGUGAAUCAGUAAAGUCAAGAGGAGCUCUAAUUUCUGCCUUUUCAAGAGACGGCCUUACUCUGGCAGUUACUCUUAAUCAGAAAGAUCCAAAGGCAACUCAGGUAUUACUUAUAAACACAGUGAAUUUUAUUACUCUUUGUGGUAGCCUUAAAGGAUGUAGUAAUAAGAAUCCUGUGGUUCCAGCUACACUUAUUAGGUCCUACUGGGUAGGUGAUAUCAGCUGGACGCAUGAUAGUCUUUUUCUGGCUUGUAUGUUAAAACGUGGCUCCCUGGUUUUAUUGACCUGCCAAGGUGAAUUGCUAACAUUAAUUACAUUUGGCUGCUCUAUAGAAUUUGGGCCAGCAGAAUUUAUUCCUCUUCAUCCACUAAUAACAUAUAGACCACAGCAGUUUACAUUUCAAGAUUCAAAUAAUUCUGUAGAUUCAUCAGCUUCUGAUAGUGACCCUAUGAGACAGAGAUUUUCUAUAAAAGCACACUCAAGGUUACCCUACCUCCUUGUUUCUGAUGGAUACAUGGUCACAACCCUUCGAUUUCUUGAUAACCUGUCUCCAUCAGUGCUCAUGAGAUCACUUCUACUUGAUUCAACCCAAAGGCUUGAGAAAACAUACCAAAGUGUGAUAUUGUCUAAGCCAAAAGGCAAAGGGCUGAACUUGCAAUCACUGGAAUCCUUAAGGUCUAGCCUGUUAAAACACCAAGGAAAUGAAAGUUCAGCUGAUUCCACUGUCCCCAAAUUCUUACAGGCAGAAGAAAUAAUGAAGUUAAAUGAAAAAACAGAUUUUCAGGAUUUUGAAGCAGAAGAAACUAACGAAGGCAAACACUUUCCAAACAACUUAUUUCCUUUCUGGAACCAAAAAACUAAUCCGCUGUUUAGUAGCGUCAAGGAGGGAAGAUUGGAAUUUGCAUCUAUGUUUGAUACAAUACGUGCAAAGGAUGAUACCGAGGAAACAGAUGGAACCAUUACAGAACUGCAUUAUAUUCAGAAAAAUCUACUUGCAGCAUGGACUCUCGGAAUUUCAAAAAAUGUGACAGAAAAAAAUUUAAUGUUAAAUUACACAGUAGUUUGUAUCACUCAUUUUUUCUGCAUUCUUCAAUUUGUAAAAUAUCCUUUCCCCAAACUUGAUUUUUUUUUAAGCAAGAGCCCAAGACAUAAUGCAUGGGUCCUUGGUAUCUUUCAGCUUUUUCAUCGGUGUUUAUCAAUCCAGUAUUGGGAUGUGAGAUACAAACAAGAUGUGGGACAUUUGAUAAAGCUGACUUCAAAUACUAUAAAGCUUUUGCUGACCCAGCAACAAAAGGGUCAGUUUUUCUCAGAGAAACUUUUAGCCUGUUUUUAUUUACUGAAAAUGGUAGCUGACAGUUUAAAUGGUGUAUACAGUCUUCAACCUGAAGUUAUUUCAGCAUCAACUGAUGGAAGUAGAACAGCAGAUCGAGACUCAUUGGUGGUACCUAUUUUUCAAAUGUUUCGAGAUGGUGUUUCUCAAGAAAACUGGUCUUGGAACUCAUCUUUCAAGAUUCGUCCUCAAGUAAUAAAUCUUGUUCAACAGCCAGGACACAGAUUGACUGUUCUUUGGAGAGUACUGUACAAAAAAACUUUAUGGUAUCAAGCACUAUUAAGUCAAAGAGUUCAUGAAGGUGACAGACCAUUAACUGAAAAGGUGAUACAUGAAGAAUCUACUGUCAAGUCGCUGUUAUGUCAUAUACAGGCUAACUUACAGACUGCUGGAGAUUGCUUAAACCAAACCUUAGAACUUAAAUCUAUCAAUGGUGAAGAGUGUUUCCUAUUAGGAUCAUAUGAAAAGUCUGUUCAGCUUUGGAAGAAAGCUCUACAAGAAAUCCAAGAGAAAGGAGGAAAAAGGACAUGUUUUCUUCAGAUGCGCUAUUAUCUUUCUCUCUUAUACUGCCACCUCUAUAGCUAUAAUUUAAAUGAUGCUCAAGGAUUGUGUGAUCAGCUAGUGAGAGAAAUACUGAGAUGGUCCCAACUACCUGUAAAAGAAAAUGAAGAUUGUUCAGUUCCUGAGAAGUCUCACAGUGAGUCUGGACUCAGAGGAAAUGUUCAUCCUGAGGCAGCAAUAACAGUUAUCCAAUCCAUGGCUCGCUUCAUGGCCGCCUACUUCACCAAUCAGCUGCUUUGCAUUUUGCCACCUCACAACGUGAAUGUUCUUCCUCCACUUCAUAUAAAAACAGAGCAGUCCCUUCGACUUAUUCCUCUGCAACACUCUAAGGUGGCCAGUGUUGUUAGAGAUCAGAAUCUCUCUAAUGUGUGGACAGUUGAAUAUGCCCUUGAAUUAUUAUUUAUUGGUGGCCUGGUUCCAGAGGCUGUGUGGUUGGCACAUAAACUCGGAGACUGGAAGACAUCUGUUUCAAUUGGUGUGGCCUUCCAACUGUUCUGUAAGCAAGAUAGCAAUUUCAUGAGGUCCAAGAAAAAGAGUCUGAAUCUACCAUUAAAUAUGACUCCAGCACAGAUUUUCCAGGAAAAACUGCAGUGCUUUUUAGGGCAGCCAGCUUCUUUGGAAGGGAAAAAUGAAAUAGUUUCAAAAUAUAAACAAUUUACAGAUCCCAUUGAAGAGGAAGAUGCAAAUCUGCUAUUUGGUUCAGUGCAAGAAGUACUGAAAGCAGCAGUUAUGGCUGAUGCAGAUAUUCUUUCAGAGACAUUUCAGCUUCUGAUAGACUCUGCCAAGGACUUCAGUAAGAGACUGUGGGGCUUGGUUCCGGUAGGCUUGUAUCUUCCAGCUCCUCCAUUAUAUUGUCCCCAGCCAGCUAUUCUUAGUGAAGAAGAUGGUGAUGAUCUUCUUUUGAAGGCUGAAAAAGAUAUUCGUCAAAAGGUGUCUGGAAUCCUUCAGCGUAUUCUCUUGCUCUUCCGGGCAGCUCGGUGUUCUUUUCCUGUAGCACAGUGGUACAUCUUGCAGCUGAGAUGGGCGAGAAAAGUCAUGCAAAAGAUUCGAAUGAAAGCAUCCCUUCCUUCAUUGAGUCCUUUCCCUCAGUCAUUACUUAAUUACUGUAAAGGAGGUGUAGCAUUCUUUAGACCUGGACCAACUGGAGACCACAAGCUUGAUGAAGUUUUCAUUAGAGCAAUAGGUUGCUUCAGAGAACUUUGUGCUUUGUGUUGGAUGCUGCAUAUCCGUGAUAAGUUAUCCCAUAGUUGCAGGCAAUAUCAGAAAGCAAGAGAAAAUGUGAGGGGAGAAAAGGACUUCGAAGUGGAGUUUGAUUCUUGUAUGGUUGAGCACUGUCUCAGUGCGGUGGAAUGGGCUUAUCGAAUGCUACCUUUUUGUCGGUUUUUUAAUAUUGAAGAACUUAUUCAGGAUAUAAUUUUGAGCCUUAUUGGAGAACUGCCACCAAUCAGAAAGGUAGCAGAAAUUUUGGUGAAAGCAUUUCCCAAUCCUGAGGACAUAAGGGUUCCUUUAAGAGAAAAAUAUCACUCUCUUCAACAGAGACUCAGACCCUGUGUUGUGAAAGGUCCCCAUACUGAGGAAAUGAUGUCUGUUAUCAUGCAUUCUAUCCAUAAAGUGAGGGUGAAAGCCCUAAAACGUGUGUGGAGAAAUAUAGGUUCUUUUGAAAUGAAUAUAUGGGAACCAAUUGAAGAAGAAAAACCAGAUGAGGCCCCAGGUUUUGACAGGUUUUCCCUGGGAACUACUUUGAGUAGAAGUACACCCACUGAACAGGGGAAUUCUCUGGUUCACAGUGAUGCAGAGACAGCUGAUACGUUCUCUGAAGCUUUGUCAGUUGAAGAAAAAAGGCUACGUUCCUAUCAAAGAAAUGCUUCAAAUCACAUGGAAUUAACAUUGACUGGGAAGCCCAGUGAUAAAAAGAAAAUAUAUAAUCAGAAAGAAAACCCUGAAAAUAAAGAUCGUGAAAAGUUAUUACAAAAUGCCCUUCCUGUAGUAGGUGUUUGGGAAUUUGAACGUGAUGAUGAUGAAUAUAUUAAAUUCCUUGAUCUCUUCUUGAGUUAUGUUCUUGAAAGAGACCUGCUUAGUUCCAGGGAUCCUGGCAUUCCAUUUCUAACGAGCUUUUCUGGACAGCUUAGAGAACAUGAACUUAAUUCUUUACUUUUUGAUGUGCAUACAACAUUGAAACGACGUCAGGGCGGAACCAAAAGCCAGAAUGUGUUUAGAGCUGGCUCUUGCUUUGUUGUUGCUUCUGAGUCAUAUGAAUCUGAAAAAUCAUCCUCUUUAAAUGAUGAAUGUGCCAUAAAUUUAGAAAACCAGGCACUUUCAGCUUCAGUACUGGUUAAUCAAGGGAUCAGACCUUUUUUAGAGAACUCUUUGAAUGAAGUGAGUAAAAAUGAAGGAAAGAGUGGAUUGUUUGAUUUAAAACAAAAGUCCAUUUACAGAAAACAAGGUGACAAUCGAGAGAAACCUCUAACCCAGAGAUCAUCAAACCACAUUUUUUGGACUCCCAAGUCCAUUAAAACUAGAAGAUGUAUUUUCACAGCAAUUCAGUGUAAUGAUAUUAACCCUCAAGAAGAUCUUCCUCUAGCACUGAAUAACACAUUUGGCAGUGUAGGAAGACUGCUGGAAUGGAUGAUAAGAUGGUCUGAUAGAAGACUACUCUGUGAUUCUGGUGUAAGUGAGUCAUCCUGUGAGUACAGUCCAGUAAUUCGGGUAAAGACCACUACAGCUGCCAUUCUUACAUCGUUAUGGCUUUUGAAACAACCCUAUUUUGCUACAUACAAGGCAAAAAAUGACAUUAUUAAGGUGCUAGAUAAUCAUUACACUGGGCCUCAGAUUGGACCCAAUAUUGAGAGGGAGAGUGAAACAGAUGCUGGCUGUCCAGUUGCACUAGCAACUCAAGGUGGAACUGAGGAACGAAAUGAUCAGAAUGGAUACUGUCAAAGUAUCUUCAACAAUAGAAUGCCAAGUGAAGCAAAAAAUCUUGAAAUAAGAGAAAUCAAUGAUAUUAUUUCCAUCACCUAUAAUACUGAAAAAGAAUUCAUAGAUAUCGAUGAAGAUCUUUUAGAAGUAGAAACAUAUACACAGAAGGAAAUGGAUAUACACAUAUCAGAGUGUGAAGAAGAUGCCAAAGGACCUGUUGAAAGUCUCAAAAGUCCCAAUAUUGCCAUUUGCAUGCUGACUUUACCACAGCAGUUAGAAGAACAUUCCACAGAAAAGGUUUGUUGUCCAAGGGAAGAACCAUUAGAGACAAAUAGGGAGAAGAAAUCGACUGAACAGAAAGGUAUGAUCGAAGACUCUUCAGAUUCUGAAUAUACCAUUCCUCAGUCAUUUUGUGUAGAUACAAGUUCAGAAAUUUCUGGCGCACAGAUUUCUGCAUUUAAAGAUCAGUCUUCCUCAGUUCCUCCUCUGGUAUCAAAUGGCAUCAAUGUUGCUUCACAAACACCUGUUCCAACACCUCAGAAGACCCAGAGAAAUGAACACAAUGCCGAAAUACCAGAUUCUUCAGAUUCUGUUAGGCAGAUGCUCCGAGAUGAAAUGUUUAAAUUAGUUCAGCUGCAACAGAUCAACUUUAUGAGCCUAAUGCAAAUAGUAGGAUCAUCCUUUGCUAACCUCCCUGAUAUACAUCAACUUCUACAGCAGUCUCAUUCUGUGCAUUUAGGGGAAAGCCAAGUAUCAAACCCCAUAAGAGGGAGUGGUGAUGUUGAAGAUAGCAGUAGAAAUCUUAAGGAGAGAUUUUUCAAUAAACCACAGUCCAUAGGAGAGUACACCAGACAGCCUGGCAAGAACAGCCCACACUGCCAUGAAGGAAUUAUUCAAUCUGAUCAAAAUAAUAAUGGAAAUUUACAGAAUGUUCCACAUGAGAAUAUUCCUUUAUGUCAAUUAGACGACCAACCCCAGAAGAGAAGACUAACUCCCAUAUCUCAAAGCUUACCACCCAUUUUGUUUUCCUCAGCCCCCACUGGAAAUUCUCACCUCCACCUUUUGUCCACAUCUUCUGCCAUUCAGGAGACACCUAGACUUAUCCCACUUGCAAAAACUUUUAGUCCUGGUGGUGGUUUUCCUUUGCUUCAAUUUCAGUCUAAGCACGAAAUCAGGCCCCUUUCCUUACAUACAGGAAGUGCUCCACAAGUUCCCCUCAGGCCUCUGCCACAACCAAGAGAGGCUUGGGGAUUAUCUGAUUCCUUCCAACCUCCUCUGCCACAGAGAGUAGUGCAUACUACGUCAGUAUCCCAUUUGAAUCUAAGUCAGUAUGAUACUGAAGCCAUAAACGAAACAGUUGAGCAGAAGAAAUGGGAAGAAUCUGUAACUACAGAAAUCCCUAAGCACAUGAACUUGGAUCAGUAUGUUGGACGAGAAAAUGUGACACCUCAACAGGACUCCUCAGUAUUUAUGAAAACAGAAAAACUGUUUGAUGUUAAGUCAGGGCCCCUUGAGAUAUCUCCUCAGAAUUCCUUUGGACUUCCAUCAUUAUACCUGCCACUUAAACCUCCUUGUAUAUUUUCAUCAACCUCAAGAGCAUCAGUUCCCUCAACACCUUUCAGAACUGUAGCAGAAGAAAGAAAAUACCCAAGACUAUCAUUACUUCAUUCAUGUCUGUACCCAGAAAUUAUGUACAAAAAACCAGAACUUAUCCCACUUGAAAACCUCAUUGCAUUUAAACAAAGCCAACAGAAACUAAAACAGAAUUUAUUUGAAAAAGGUGAUUCUGGCCACCUUCAGCUUCUAAAGGUCAAAACACUACCAUCUGAAGUAAGACAAGGAAAGGACAGCAAAAAAAGGCAAAGAAGACGAGCUGAGAAGGACCUGCAAGAACAAAGAUCUGAAAAACUGAAGAGAAAACCAAAUGUAACUUUCCGACCAGAGGAUUCCAUCAUUAAUAAUGAUGAUUCAGAAAUCUUUGUGAAACCCAAGGAACAACAAGAACAUCAUGGUUCCCGGCCUUUGGAUGACUUUGACAUUCCUUUUGAAAUGCUACAAGAUGAUGUGAAUACUUCAGCUGGAUUGCAUUUCAUGGCCUCUGUAAGAAAGAAGGCUAAAGGAAGUCAAGAUGCAAGUACAAAUACAGACCCAGAACAUGAACCUCUAAAUGUUCCUCAGCUGUUGGUUCCAGAUGUGCAUCUAAAUCUCAGACUUUCCACUGGAAUAUCAGAGAAAUCUUUGUCUCCUUCACCUCAUAUGGUAACAAAUUCGCUUUGUGAAUUACCUGUCAGAGAGGAGCCUUCAAAUGAUAGCAUUAUCGAGCAUCAAAGCGAUCAUCUAGAAGUCCCAUCGUCUGCAGAGUUGCAUUAUAUGGCAGCUUCAGUUACUCACGCUAUUCCCCAACACAAUUUUAAGAGUAAAGAUCUGCUAAAACUAGAGUUUCAGUUCAAAGAACAGAGCACAAAGACAGACUCUGCAGAAGAUUAUGUGUUAUGGAAACUGCUGCAGGAUGUCUCUGCAGCUUGCACUGCACCAAGCCCUGCAGCUCGCCGAUUAGAGCAUCUCACCUCUAAGCUUCAGAAAAUUGAUGAACAGCUCUUAGCAAUACAGAACGUUGCUGAAAACAUAGAGCAGGAUUUCCCCAGACCUGAAAUGCUAGAUCUACAUCAUGAUAAGGUUGAACCAGUGGAUCACAUUGAAUUGUCUUCUGGCCCUGAAUUUGAAAAAAUACUAUGUCCAAAAACAAUUAGAAUUUCUGAAGAAGUGUGUUUUCUGACUCAUAUGGAUGAGGAAGAUCAAAGUGACAAAGAGGAGACUUCCGAAGCUGUAUUUUUAGUAAAAGAAAAUGAUUCUAAUCAGAAAACCUGUGUGUUUCCUUCUGCCAGUUCAGCUGUCAGCCUUUCCAGUGACCAGAAUACAACCUCUCCUGGUGUGAAUAACAGUGAUGAAUUAUUUGAGAGUGUUUCAGUAGAUCCACUCCAGAUGACUGGAUUGACUGAUAUUGCAGACAUUAUUGAUGACCUUAUAACUAAAGGUGGAGUUUCCAGUGAAGAGCUUGGCUUAACAGAACAACAAGCCAGGAGUAUCUCCAGGAUUCAGCAUUCUUCUGGCAGACGUCCACAAAGAACUGAGAAGGAGAGAAGAGAGAUUCGAGUCUGGAUGAAAAGAAAACGAAAAGAAAGAAUGGCAGAGUACCUAAAUCAGCUGGCUGAAAAGAGAGGGCGAGAACAUGACCCUUUCUGCCCCAGAAGCAAUCCAUUUUACAUGACUUCAAGGGAGAUAAGACGGAGACAAAAGAUGAAGCAUGAAAAAGACAGAUUGCUGCUGUCUGACCACUAUAGUCGUCGAAUCUCACAGGCAUACAGUCUGAUGAAUGAACUGUUAUCUGAAUCAGUACAACUACCAGCAACUGCACAGAAAUCAUUGCCUAACAAACCCAGCACUGCUCAGUCUUCCAGAUGGCAAUGCAACCCUUCUCCAAGAGGAGAGAAUCAACUUUGUCACUAUUUUCCAAUAAAUCAAUUUGGAAAAGACAGACAUAUGUCAAAACCAAGUUAUGCCCAUAAGGGGAAACCUUUCAGACAACCUCAAGGCUCACCUCGGCCACGUGGAACUGUCACUUUUACCAUGUAGAAAAAAGCUGGUAGAGCCAAAGCAGCAGUAAGAAAGCCCGUGCCUCCAGUUACUUUCCAAAAAAGCUCUAAUGCUCCAUGUCGUAAUCCACAGCAUACAAAAAAACAUGGAAGUGCUGGGCUUGCACCUCCAACCAAGCAGGUGUGUAUAGAGUACGAGACAGAGGAGACUGUGGUGAGUCCCUGGCUGUUACCUUCAGAAAUCCGUAAGAUUCUUCAUGAGAGUCACAGUUCCCUUCUACAAGGCUUGUCAUCAACUGAAGAGGAAGAGCAAGAGCAAGAGCCUCCUUUUGGGGUGAGCGGCAUGGACAGCAUGUCUGGGAGCACUGGCAGUAUCCUCAGCAAGCUUGACUGGAAUGCCAUUGAAGACAUGGUGGCCAGCGUGGAGGACAAGAGCCUGCUUGUCCACGGGGCCCUGGACCUGUAAGACCUGGGUAUCAUUCUGUUUCCAAACACAAGCCAGCACCUCAGUAAUGUGGUUCUUGAAGAUUUGUGGGUUUAAGAGAGCAAAGCAAUGUGAAUUUACCACCUGGAGCCAUAUAAUUACCUGGACUAGCCAUUUUGAAAUGGAAAAUAAACAUUUCUCAGUAAUUUUGCCUUCGUGGGGAAAGGGUUGUUUAACUAUAGAUGUGUUCAUUACAUGUUUUCACAAGUGAAUCAUCUUUAGGCAUAAUUAAAAAAUAAGUACUUUUCAAGCCAAGUUUGCAUGAUAUUUAAACUACUUUCAAUAAAAAUCUUAUAUCUUGCCUCCUCUUUUAAAACCCUCUGAGUUUUGAGAAACAACAAUAUGUGGGUGAACCUGAUAGGAAAAAAUAAAGGUCCUUUCAUUAAGAAGAAAGUCACAAUCUCACCUAAGAAACCCGAUAAUUAACCCUAUUCUAAAACAUAUCCUAAGAUUCACCUGUGUAGGGCUGGGCCUAGGAGUGAAAAGGAACCAGUCACCUUCUACCAAUCCUGAAGUUCUAAGUAAGCCAAGUUUCAUGUAAGCCAGGAGGUCUUCCAUUUUCUGUGCUGUAAUUGGAUAGAUUUGGAGGAAGAAAGCUUUGGGUGGGAAAGAAAAGGAAUGUGACUCCUGACUCUAGAAGGCUUAUCUUAACCUUGUAAAAACUGUGGUGUAGCGACCUGGUUAGUUUCUGACACUGCACCCAAACAAUGUUAUAAUUUUGGAGAUAAUUUUUAUGAGAAUUGACUAAAAGCCAGGACCCUUCAAUCACUUGUCAAUUGUUAGUGUAUUAUUAAACAUCAAAGGAUAUUGUUAUCUGAGAAGGCUAUUAAAUAUUCCUUCUUUCCAACUAUCUGUGUGAAGCCAGAUUUUCUUCAUAUACUUCAACCAAAACAACAUCUUGCAGCAGGUUAAAUACAGAAGCAGGUAUGGGAAUCCGCUGCCUUCUAUUAAGCCAAACAUUAAAGAGAUUUGCAGAACUAUAAAAUGAUGUCACUUUUCUCACUAAAUUUUGUUUUUAAGAAAAUUAUUUUUGUAAAAAUAUAUGUUAACAUUGAAUGGGUUAUUGUCAUUUAAAAUAAUAAAUAUUUAAACCUUUUCUGUUUUAAUUUCUAACAUAAAUAUUGACAGGUAUAGCUACAUAAAUAAAUGCUCUUUGUGGCUCUCAA